AAUUACUUACGCGUCGCAUAGCACCAAGUCCUUUCGAGGUCGUUCAGGACGACACCCAGCUGAAGACCAGAGCUUCUUUGUCUUCGCAAUGGGAUCGCUGCGUGUCGCGUCGCUUUGGCGACUAUGUUUAUCGCUUUUAUUGCUUCAAUUCGCGUUUGCGACCAGCUCAAUUGCUAGUAAGACAAGAUCACCAGCUUCGCAUGAAGCAGAUCAACCGGUCUACGAGCCCGAAAAUCAGGAUGUCGUCCGCCUGCUCUCGACACCGGCCUCAUUUACGUCCUUGCCCAAUCCCUCCCAGACAUCAUCGAACGACCUCCCGACCAGCACAGCCAGCUACUCGCUCGCCGAAACCAACAUUCUUCACGAUCUCCACUCCGCUCUAUCUACAAUGCAAGACCACUACUUCUCAGUAUGGCUCGGUAAAUACACGACAGCGAUAGAUUGGACAGCAGCCGUCAUGUCGACCUACGUUUCAGCUACUCUCUCGUCGCUCUCCCACUCGCUCUCCUACACAAUGCCUGGCACUUUUGACAAGAGCCGGAAGAUGGACGUCGAAGCACAAAUGGUAGAGAAUGAGAUCAACAAGUACUUUGCGCAGACCACUGCGUACUACUUCGGCGAAGACCACUUUGCAAUAAGGAUGCAGGCAUUCGAUGACAUGCUUUGGGUGGUAUUGGGCUGGCUGGAAGCAAGCGGUUUCGUCGAAAGCCAUUCCAUUGGACACUAUACAUCUGACAAGGUUGGAGCAAAGGAAUGGCAUGCCAGACAGUUCGUCCCUGCCUUUGCCCACCGCGCCCGCGUCUUCUACGAAUUGGCAGAGAAAGGAUGGGAUUGGAGGCUCUGUGGAGGUGGUAUGACUUGGAACCCGCGUCUUUUGCCAUACAAAAACGCCAUUACGAACCAGCUGUUCAUCUCGGCGAGUAUCAGCAUGUACUUACACUUCGCUGGGGACGAGAAUUGCUCGCCAUUCCUUUCGCAACAUAACGAGAUCGGCCUACAAAAAGAUCAAUUGUUCGAUGACUGCGACGAGAGGCACCGUGGACGCUACGAUCCCGUGUACCUUGCGAACGCAAUGAAUGCGUAUGAGUGGCUGAAGAACAUCGGUAUGACGAACGACCGAGGACUUUACGUUGACGGCUUCCAUAUCGGAGGCUACCGCACGAAUCAUAGCAAGACGACAUGCGACGAGCGGAACGAAAUGGUUUAUACCUACAAUCAGGGUGUCCUUCUGUCCGGACUUCGCGGGCUAUGGGAGGCUACAGGCAAGACCUCAUAUUUGGAAGACGGCCAUGAGCUCAUCAGGAACGUCGUACGUGCCACGGGCUGGAGGAAGUCUCAACCUCAUCGAAGCAAUGGCCCAGAAGACGAACAGGAAGCAUUGCCUGCCGGCUGGGCUGGAUUAGGUUCCGAUGGUAUUCUGACGGAAUUCUGUGACCCUUCUGGGCGCUGCAGUCAAGACGGCCAAACGUUCAAAGGCAUCUUCUUCCACCAUUUAACGUCCUUCUGCGAGCCUCUUCCAUCCCAACCAGCUAGACCAGGGAAAACACAUGCGGCACCCAGAGAGUUGGCUAUGUUGCACGCAAACAGCUGCAGAGAAUACACCACCUGGGUCGUAAACAACGCCCAAGCUGCUCUACGAACGCGCGACCAAGAAGGGAGAUUCGGAGCAUGGUGGGGCGCGCCAAAGAUCUCAUCUCCACCCACCUCUUUCCACGACAACAGGAAAUCGGCGUCUCAUCCUCACCCAGUCCUUCCGGAGGACGCAAUAGACUACCGCAACAUCUACCCAGACCCCUAUGAUGGCGUAUACUUGGAAGACGAUCUCGAAGAGCCCUAUAAGCGGUACGUCUUUGACAAGAAUGACGGAGACGAAGACGAAACGACAAAGAGAAGCUCAGGCGAUCUCAACGACCGAGGACGCGGACGCACCAUCGAGACCCAAGGCAGCGGCCUCGCAGUCGUGCGAGCAAUGUGGGAGUUCCUCCGUCGAGCAGAAGGCGCAGAAGGGUAUCAGGUGUGAGUGAGAUCAGCGAUGGAGUUGUUACUCACUACCCAUCAUGAUCUACACCACGAGCUCAUCAUGAGUUUAACCAAGUUGUUGACGUGUUUGGAAUAGAAACGCUGACCCAUUUCCCUUCUCACAAUGGGAAAGCGAUGCGAUACUCUCCCGCCCCAACAGCAUCGGCAGGAUACAAAGAGAAUGGCAUGAGAUUGCUGAGAAGUGGCCGCCGACAGUGAGGUAGCUACUCAGUGUCAUAGAACUGUAUGUGCAUAUGGAAGUGUGUUGUCUGACGGGAGGGGAGGCAUGCUGUUUCCUGAUGGGGUUGGAGCUCUUCUUGGAGGCGGAGCAUUGGUGA